GUGUUUAUUUUCAAAAGUUUGAGCAAUGGCUUAAAAUUCUUAAUUUUUACCAAUUGAUCAAUUUUUUUUCCAAAAUGUUCUCAUAUUCCGUUCUUGAAUUUUUAAAAAAAUGUAAGGAGGCGGUUUUCUUUUUUUGGCGCUUAGGACUGUGCUAACCACGUUUAAGUUAACCUCAUUAAGGUCAAGAAGAGCAGGAGAAGAAAUUGUGGUUACACAGGGCAAAAAUACAAAAUCGUGUAAAAUCCAUGUUUAGCCUCACGUGAAAUGGAAUCGAAUUGACUCCGCCGUCAAUAAGAAGAAAGAAAACGUAAAAUAAAAAUGCCACCGAAGUCGAAGUCCCAGGCGCCGAGCAAGAAAGCCGACCAGAAGAAGAAGGAGAAAGUUAUUGAGGACAAAACUUUCGGCCUUAAGAACAAAAAAGGCGCAAAGCAACAAAAGUUCAUUCAGCAAGUCGAGAAGCAGGUGAAAAGCGGAGGCGUCCCUCCUAGGAAGCAACAGGACGACAAGAAGGACGGGAAAUCCAAGGACCAAAAGGACCUGAACCUCUUGUUCAAACCAGUCCAAAAAGUCGAAAAAGGUGCGGAUCCGAAGUCGAUACUAUGUGCUUUCUUCAAGGAAGGACAGUGCACGAAAGGCGCGAAAUGCAAAUUCUCGCACGACCUCACUGUCGAGAGGAAAUCGGAAAAGAGGAGCAUAUACGUCGAUAUGAGGGACAACGAUUCGCCCGAGGACAAGGUCAAGGAGUUGCUCGAUAACAAACAACUCGAUGAGAAGAACAGGCCAACUACAGAUAUCGUUUGUAAAUAUUUCUUAGAUGCUGUAGAGCAUAAUAAUUACGGUUGGUUUUGGAAUUGUCCUAAUGGUGAAAACUGCAUAUAUCGUCAUGCGCUCCCACCCGGAUAUGUCCUCAAGAAGAAUAAGAAAAAAGAUGACAAGAAAGAUGAAAUCUCUCUCGAAGACCUCAUCGAACGCGAACGGGCCUCGCUGGCUUCGAAACAGUUUACAAAAAUCACCUUAGAAUCCUUCUUAGCCUGGAAAAAGAGGAAGGUGAAAGAGAAGAAAGACAAGGCGCAGCGUGACGAAGACAAGAAGAAGCUAGACUAUAAGGCCGGCAAGUCGAGCGGGCUCUCCGGCCGUGAAAUGUUCUCUUUUAAUCCUGAACUGGCGACCGGAGACCAGAUGGAAGAGGGCGACGAGGCUUUCAACUCAUAUCAGAUAAAUGAAGAAGAAGAGGCAGAUGAUCAACAAUAUAAAGAAUUGGAAUUAGAUAAAUUGGGUCUUGAUAUUGUUGAUGUUGAUGUUAAUGGAAUCACGCAAGCUCCUGAUGACAGACUUUCCCAUCACAUAGAAAACCUGUUAAAAACCGUUCCUGCCGAUUCAGCUGCUGAAGGAGAUAACGGCGCUGUCGCCAUUAAUGAGAACCUAUUCUUAGAUGAUGAUCUAGGGGAACUCGAAGAGGAGCUUGAAGACCUCGAACUGAAUGAUCAAUGAAUUUGUAAAGAUCAACUCACAUCAAAUAUAGUUUUAUUUGCUUUAAAAA